AUGCCGAUUCUUAUCGCUACGGCCGGCCGACCCCCUUUGUAUCAUACGCCAGAGUGGAAUUGCGCGGUUGCACAUCGGUUAUUGGGACACGACUUGGCGACGUAUCUCAAAAUACCCGAGCCACUUUGGAGUAUGAGAAUUAGAGUUUGGGCAGUCUUGGUGUCUGAGGCCAUUCCUGUACAUUUUGGCAGACUCUAUGGCCGGAUCAUUAGGUAUGGAUGGCUGGAAAAAAGAAGGUCGGUUUACGCUAUUGUUAUGCCCAUGGUGUUAAGGACCAAUCUGGGGAUGAGAAGAACGAAAUUCAGGCCCGGAGGCGAUGUUAGUCCGCUUCGAUGGGAAGAUGAGAGCAUUGUACCAGAUAGAGACGGAGCACGAAAAGCUAGAAAAAUGUUUCGAGAAGUGAUCUUGGAAAUGGUUUGCGUGCUGCUCGCCGUGUCUGCACUAACCAACAAUAUACAGGAGGCCCAGGUCGCUUCAAUCCAGUAUUUCAAAGAAGAUUCGGCUUUCCCAAACAUCUGCGACUUUAGGCUAACCGACGAGUUCACUGAACCUCGAGCAACCUUUCCACCACAUUCACACGUCCAACGAGACGAAGGUACACGAAGAAUCACAAAGGAAACCUUCAUGCAAUUGGAUUACCUCGCCAUGUACCAAGUUUCGCAAAUCUAA